CUUUACCUUGAGCCCGAGACCUUUGGAUCCUUGGCAACACGACGCUUGAUAACAGUCGCAACAGAACGUUUUAAGAGAACGCAAUGAUACUGCAGAUGACAGCUCAGUGACAGACUCUUAAUGUCGCUCAACAGCACAUAUUUCAGCCCAACAGCAAAAACAACCGACACACACUGUGAUAAAGCGCAGGAAUCGAGAAUGACACACGACUCACCUAAGAAUGACAGUGAGUGCGGAUCGGCCCGUCGCGCGAGCAGGGAGUGGUGGCUUUACGUGGCUCUGUUGUGUGUUCCUCUGCUCGCGGUGUAUCUUCACAUCCCUCCGCCACAGCUCUCACCUGCGGUCAACAGCUGGCGCACUUCCGGUCACUUCUUCACAUUCAGAGGCAAUAACAUCUUCUAUAAAGAGUCAUUUGGUGUCGUGGGAAGCUCUGAUGUCCUCUUGCUGCUUCAUGGUUUUCCUACUUCUAGCUAUGACUGGUAUAAGAUCUGGGAUUCUCUGACUCAACGCUUUAACAGAGUCAUUGCUCUCGACUUCCUGGGCUUUGGUUUUUCACACAAACCGCGACCGCACCGUUACUCCAUCUUCGAGCAGGCCAGUGUGGUGGAGGCCCUGGUUGCUCAUUUGGGUCUGUCAGAGCAGAGGAUCAACAUCCUGUCACAUGACUACGGAGACACUGUAGCUCUCGAGUUACUGUACAGGAGUGACCAUAACAGAAGCGGACACAUCACGAUAAACAGCCUCUGCCUCUCAAAUGGAGGAAUAUUCCCUGAGACUCAUUAUCCAAGAUUCCUUCAGAAAGUGCUGAAGGACUCUGGUUUCAUUUCACCUGUAUUUACCCGCCUAAUAAACUUCCAGCUUUUCUCUAGAGGAAUAAGGGAUGUGUUUGGACCAUACACCCAGCCAACAGAAGCCGAGUUCUGGGACAUGUGGACAGGCAUUCGCUUUAAUGAUGGAAAUCUGGUCAUGGACAGUAUCCUGCAGUACAUUAACCAGAGGCUGAAACACAGAGAGAGAUGGGUCGGGACUCUAACCUCCACUUCAACACCAUUGCACAUGAUUUAUGGACCACUAGAUCCAGUUAAUCCACAUCCUGAGUUUAUCCAGCUCUACCAGAAACUAGUGCAGAGAUCCACUGUAUCGGUUCUAGAUGAGCAUGUGAGUCAUUAUCCACAGCUGGAGGAUCCCACAGGCUUCUUUAAUGCCUACCUUAGCUUUAUCAACUCAUUCUGAGAUAAGUAAUGGAGUGGAAUAUUGCCUCAAAUAAGUUGUUAGAAAAUAUUCAAAUCCAUUUAACAAACCGCAGUGUGAAAUGUCAGUCAUGGGUUUAAAUGCAUGAAACCGAAAGUAUUGCACCAAAUACCCAAACAGUCAUUACAACAGAGUUUGCUCAAAUACAAUGCCAUUACUUGUAAAUACAUUUGUGUUCAAUGCAUGAAUGCUUUUA